AUGGCUGGACAACUACGCGUGGCAGUCAUUGGCUCGGAGACGCGCCACCCUGACAACCCCCAUUUAGCCUAUACUGUAUAUCGCACGUCGAUAAACUACCAGGGAUUAUGCUACCAUCGCCUCAUUCGCUUUCGACAAUUCCGAUCCUUUGCCAAGCGUUUAAAAUUGGCGUCAAAUGCCACACGCAUUCUUGUGAAGCUUCCACCGAAGAUCUGGUGGAGUCGUAAGGCCUCUCUCCAGCCCGAGACCGUGGAGGCCAGACAAGUGCUGUUGAACGAGUUUAUGCAGCAAGUGAGUACUUGUACAUUAACACCACGCAGCGCAGAGGAAUUACUGAAGCUGCUGCAAGUGGGGGCAUUUGCACCUGAUGAGGAAGAGGACCGUGUGAUCAACAGCCGAAUGAGCUUGAAACAACAAAGUGCUGCGUUGACGGAACCCACGUCCGAUAUUUUAGACCCGAACCACUCGCUCCAGUCUGAAGUAAGUCAUCAACAGCCAGCAAAUAGCCAAAAUCAGCAUCAAGAUUCUGUAACUGAAGAAGAAGAGGAGCCCAGUACAGCUGAGCAGGUCCAAAACGUGCCAAACUGUCUCUUGAGUGCAAGACGUCAGGGUAAUCAAGCUUCCCCCAACACAGGGUAUGAUGACACGAAGACACGGGGAGGUCGCUCCAUGUCGGAUCCGUUGCCCCUCGUGCAGCAGAGACGCACCUGCCCCGUCAGCACGUCGCUGACUUCCCCGAACAUGAAACACGUCAUGUUUGGAUCAAGUACGGACUUUUUGGCAUGUAAAGAGGGAGGUAGGGACUCUACCGGCAGCUCGUCCGAUUUAGCGUCGACCCCCGAGCGCCACUACUUUUGCCAGAUUAAGCAAUGCAUUGCUAGUAUCGAGAACCUUGUGGACAGCAGUCGGAAGUUUGAGGCCCAUAUUUGCGAGAAGCAGACGGCCGACAGGUCGAUGGGAGCGGGGCCGAUCUCUGAUUUGCAUCGAUAA